AUGUUCGCAAAGAGUAUCAUUAUUUCCUCAUUCGUCCUCGCCCUGGCGGCUUCAACUUGUGCUGAACCCAUUCCCCUUGAUCGUCGAGACCUUGGCAGCAUUAUAGACUCUGCUACGUCGGUAGCUGGAUCAUGGUACACCAGAGCUACAUCCGAUGCAGCUUCGUGGUACUCCGUCGGUGUCAGUGAUGCUUCCGUUGGCAUCAGCGAGGGAUUAUCCGAUGCUUCCGUUGGUAUCAGCGAGGGAUUAUCCGAAGCAUCAACCUGGUUUCACAGCGGUGUCUACGCAACAGUGACGUCCAUCGGUGGCAAAGCAGAAACCGUAGUGACCUCCGCGGGUGGUGCUGCCAUCACUCUCGCUACCGGCACUGGAGCCCAGGUUACUUCUUUUGCUGGAUCGCAAUACACCGUUCUCCAGGGCGCAGUCGCCACCAACUCUCCGUCUUCAAACGCUGCUCUUAACCUACGCUCUUUCGGAUUCACUUCUUCCCCUGUGCUCACUGGCCUCGUUACAGCGGUCGGAGGAGCUGUUGUUGGGGCAUGGAUAACGCUGUAA